AAAUAUGGGAACAUUAUGAUCAGCCAUCAUGACAGUUCUAAUCAUCUGUCUGUAGAUUACGAGAUCCUUCAUGCGACCGGCACUCUCCCCAAGAGCGAUGGCUUCUGGAGAAGACCGAACAUGUUCAAAAAGCAACAACAGGAUGUUUUUGAGGAGAGAUACCUGCGAUUCAUCUCUGUUCUGGGGAAGGGUAACUUUGGCAGUGUCGAUCUUUGUCGUUAUGAUCCAUGGGGUGAUAACACUGGAGAUCUGGUUGCUGUCAAAGAACUUCAGUCCAACAAACAAGCCACCAUGGCAGAUUUCCAGAGAGAGAUCCAGACCAUCAGCUCCCUGCACUGUGACUAUAUUGUCAAAUACAAGGGCAUCUGCUACAGUGCAGGUCGACUCAGCACAAAACUGGUGAUGGAAUACCUUCCGUAUGGCAGUCUAAUCGGAUAUAUGGAGAAACACCGACAGAAUGUGUGCACCCGCAAACUGUUGCUCUUUGCCUUGCAAAUCUGUAAGGUACAUUCAGACUAACAAACACCAGAACAA